GUUUUAUUAGGACAAGGACACAUAUUGUACAUCUUAUGAAUAAAGAUAAAUCCUUAAAGUAAAAACUGAGAGAAAUUUUAUAUUUAAAAGGGCAAAGACACGAUUAAACAGACUUUCAAACGCGUUUGUUUGUAAACACAGUCAAGAGGUCAGGCGCGUUAGCAUCUUGUCAGUUCGCGACAUGUCAGGGCAUGUCUGCGUGUCCCUCAACGCUGCGCACCCGCCGCACCGGGCAAACGUGCCAGCUGCAUGAGAACCGUCAACACAUUUAAACAGAAGCUGAGUUGGACCGAACUUACCCAAACAAACGGAGCCGCUUACUGUAAUGGGACAGAGAAUGAAUUAAUUGCUGAGAGUUGGCCCCGCUGCAGUAUAUGCAAUGGAUUGCUCAGCAGAUGAGUAUUAUCACGCCGGACAGUGUCACAAAUGCCUACAAUGUCCACCUGGUCAAGAGCUGAAAGAGGAGUGUGGUUAUGGUGUAGGUGUGUCAGCAGUGUGUGGUGUAUGUGACGCCCGCUGGUUCAAGGAGGACUGGGGUUCUCAUCCUUGCGCCUUGUGCCAGAACUGCCGAAGGCUCAACAGAUACCAAAUAAAACGCUGCACACAUACAGACAAUGCUAUGUGUGGAAACUGCCUACCUGGCUUCUACAGCAAAACACGAUUGGAUGGAUUAGAAGAUUUGGAAUGCCUUCCAUGUGGCCCAACACCCCUCAGAAACAUACAAUGUAGCAGAGGGGAAGUGAUUGGUGUGGCAAAAGGCCAGACCUCAGAAGCUCUUGUCCAAAAUGCUUCUGCCAUGGUGACUGCUUGUGCAGCAACUGCCGUCUUAACAACCUUCCUGUUUGCCAUCGCGUGUGUCACAUACCAGACACGUGCUUCACUCAGAAAGACAUGCUGUUUAUCACCAGUCAGUACCCAUCAGCACAAAGGUGACGCAUCCUCAAUUCCCAUGACUGCAGUAUGCACAGUGAUGCAGGAGGCAGAUGUGAACAGAUCAGGUUCUCGUCUGCCAUUGGGGGACCCUCGCACACUUGAUGACGUCUCUUUUGAUUUUUGCCUUUACGGAUGUGAGGCUGGAAUCAUCUCACAAGCGCAGGAAUCACCUGAUUUUUCUUCUUCAGACUCUGACCUUUCCAACCAGCGUGUCAUUCUCACCCUGGUUGGAGGAAAGUCUACACCAGGACCCUGCUGUGCUGUAGAGCAGCGAACAGGCUGGGGGCUGCAUGCUCCAGUAGAGUGCACCGAACUGGACUUUCAACAACUCUCCAACACCCCGGAGUUCUAGGCAUUCUGGCCUUUAAGCAUCGUACCCACAAAUAGCCCACUAUGCCUUGGCUCGGACUUCACUCUGCCAUCAACUCUGAUGCCCUGGGACCAAAAACAGGAGAGAGAGAGAGAGUGGGAGCGUGGAAAAGGAGAUUGUUAAAGGGAUCACAACUGCAUUUGUUAUAUCGUGGUAAUGAGACACUCACGGAUACAACAUACAGUAAACAAUCAAUGCAAACUUUUUAUGCAUCGUAUUGGUAUGGGGAAUUCUGGUAAGUGUAAAAAUGCAUGUUUUCCCGCACAUUUUUUUGUAACGACCUCUGACUAGAAGUGUGUUUUUUGUCACUCUCAAAGAAACUGUCAGUGGGAAGUAGGGCUGCAAAAACUUGCUAAAUUAUGCAAUUACACAAACAUGCUUUAAAGUUUGUAAAAUCUGUUUGAAUACAUAAAGUUAAAACAAGUUGAAAUAACUUAUAAAAACAAGUUUAAGUUAAAGUAACAUAAAAAUUUAUUUUGAUUUGACAUAAUUUUUACAGUGUUUGAGAAAAAUAUAUUUGAAAGCUGAAAAUUUAUAUUAUAGGAAAAGAAAGCAUCACUGUCUCAGCAGCCUCUCUGCUGUCUGGAUCGACCUAAAACUUUGACCAUACAUACCUUUUUGAAGUUUUAAAAUCAUUCAGUCAUCGCAAAUCAUUGCCGUAUGUGUAUUUCGGUAUAUUCCUGUACGGUUUUGUUAUAUCUUGCAGCCCUACUGGAAAGGCAUGUUGACGUGAGAAGGCGGCAAACUACAAAUGGUUUUUAUUUAGCCUUGGUUUGGCUCAGUUAUAAGAAGUUACACAUAAAUUUGUGGAUUAAACUGUCCGAUAAUUCAGUCAUUUCAGUGUAUGAAUCGAACAGUGUGGUUUACGUCAUUGACUGCUUGAAUGCCUUUGAUGUUUCAGGAGUUAAUACAGAACCACUCCUGUUUUGCUUUAUAAAAUAUUUGGAAAUUAAUUUUAUCUUUAUACCAGCAGCUCUACUGCCCAUCUAUGAUCCAGGUCAUAUUCUGCAUUGUUUGAUAGGUUUACAGUAAAUAUAAUCCCUGUGUAUGUACAGUUGACCAAAGCAGACUUAAGGAGUUAGAAAAGCUUUCAUCCACUGCAGAGACUGGACUUGAUUUUGCUCAUCACUGGAUUUAUGGCCAACAGUACUUUUUCCUUGGCAGUUCAUGAUUUAGUUUUUACUUUGUUAAAGCUUGUCAUGGACUGAUGGCGAUUAUGCUGUCAAAGCCAAACCAGAGGUUUUGUAACUAUGCCACAGUUUUAUGCCUUGGCAUUUCGGUACUACUAAAGAUUCACAAAACAGGAAUCAAUGAAUAAAUCAUUGUACAUUA